AUGAAGGGUUGUUGUCUGCCUGCUUUCGAUAGUCUGAAACACUUGGAACUGGAUCUUUAUGAUUGCAACCUCUUCAAAUCGAUAAACGAGUUGCUCAAGAGAUCCCUUAAUCUGGAAUAUCUUGGUGCAAAUUUCAACGAAUGUAUUGAAGAAUACUUGGAGCAUCCAUGGAUUCAGCCAAACUUUGUGCCUAAUUGUUUGUUGUCAUACCUCAAGACAGUCUCCAUAAGGAAAUUCGAGGGACGGCAAGCUGAUAUGGAAGUUGCAAAGUUUUUGUUAAAGAACGGUAAAGUAUUGAAUAACAUGACUAUUGCGACAAGUGAUCCUCAGUGUGCAAAGGAGGAGCUAUACAAGGAAUUUUGUAUGUUUGAACGGGGAUCAAAGACUUGUCAAGUUAAAUUUAUUUGAGAUGCAACCUCAGG